AUGGACUUUUUGUCCCCCUGGAACAGUGACCUUAACUUUGAUUACUACAUUAGGAUGCAUGAAAAGUUAAUAGGAAGAGAAUGGUUUAUUGAAGACUUGAGCUACCUUGUGCUGAAAACAGAUUAUAGGGGUGUUCUUUUCGCUGCUGAAAUGGGGUUUGGCAAAUCUGCAAUUGUUUCCAAUAUUGCCUACGCUGGAGAUAAACGUUUGCCUGGGUAUCCUCUUUAUUCUAAAUUAGUCUCUAUACAUGUAUGUCGUUUUGAUUCUCAUAUUACAUUAAAACCAGGUAUGUUUGUAAAGAACAUGGCCGCUGGUAUUGCACAGAAAUUUCCAGAAUAUGGUAAUAUCAUACAUUUAGAUAGGAUGGCACAUGAUUAUCUGUUCACAGAAAAAUGCUUUGAAGAUCCCCAAGGUUGUUUCGACUUUGGAAUUUUGAGUCCCCUUCAAAAAAUGCAAGGUAUUCCUGACAAAUUAAUUGUAUUAAUGGAUGCUCUUGAUGAGUGUAUAGAAUAUUGGCAUGCAAACAAAUUUACUUUACUUUAUGAAAAGAUUCCACGUUUACCAAAGUUUAUUAAAAUUUUAUGCACAUCUCGAAACAUUUCUCAAAUACGAGAGAAGCUUCCACCUGGGAUUAUUCUCUAUGAUAAUCCAUACAUUAAAGAAAAAUCUACUGAAGAUAUUAAACAAUACAUAGAAUUCAGAUAA